GGUGGACUGACAGUGGCAGGAAAUAUUCAAUACACACAACCACGGAAUUUGACAUUUUACAACCAACUUCGUGACACUCUUGUCAACAAUGAAAAGUUUUAAAAAUCGGCUGAUGAGACAUGAAGUAACAAUCGAUAACAAGGACUGGUCCAAGUAUGAUGAAAGGCUGCUGAAAGCGGUGGAGAGUGGGGAGCUGGACAGAGUCGUCGCCACCCUUGCCAAGAAGGGCGUGGUCCCCACAAAGCUCAACCCACAGGGCCAUUCGGCGUUCCAUGAAGCAGCAGGACGAGGAGACGAGAGGAGCCUUACUGUGUUUCUGACUCACGGCGCUGAUGUCAAUUCCACCAAUGGAUCUGGCAAGACCGCCCUCCACCUUGCUGCCAAGGCCGGACACACACUCUGCAUGCAGAGGCUGCUACAGAAUAAUUGUCCCAUUGAUGCCACAGACCUGCAAGGAAGAACAGCAGUACAUGAUGCAGUCAUGGCUGGAAGUGUGGUCAGUGUCAAACUGCUCUGUAGCCGAGCUGCAUCAAUCAAUGCUGUGGACAUGGACGGAUGCACGCCUCUGUCAUUGGCUGCCCAGAGGUGCCAGGCUGGUGUGUGCCAUCCUCUUCUGGAGGCUGGCGCCUCCAUAAACCACCGGGACAAACAGAACAAGUAA